AUGGCUUUUACAGGAAGACUCUCUGGCAAAGUCGCCAUCGUCACUGGAGGGGGUGGUGGUUUUGGAACAGGUAACGUCCAGAAGUUUGUGCGUGAAGGAACCGAAGUAGUCGUUGUCGAUAUCCAUCCCUCUAUUGCCACCAGAAUCGCCAAUAACUUUCCGUCAACACAGGCGUUGAGCCUUCCAGUAGACGUCGCUUCAGAAACGGAUCGGAAAACAGUACUGGAGUUCACCAUUAGCACAUUUCAUCAUCUAGACGUGGUCAAUAAUGGUAGGGUGAACCCUGGGACACAUUCAACCAUCAAUGCUCCCGAACAGGAUUACGAUCUGAUGUUAAGCGUUAGCCUCAAAGCCUUGUACUGCAGCAGCAAGGUCGUCGCUCCCUACCUCGUGAAAACAAGUCGUGAGGGCGUCUUUGUCGCAGUUUGGAGUAUAUCGGCAUCUCGCCCUCGGCCUGGUGCGGUCUGUUACCUAGGCUGCUCUUACAACCGCCAGCAAAGGGCUUGCACUCGAGUGGACUGCUUAAGGUGUUCGUUUCAAUCUAGUCCAGCCUAUAUUGGGUGA